AUGGCAAGAGGAAGAGGAGAGAGAGCGACUCUCCAAUUCAAUCGAAAAUCGUUCAACCCAGAACUGUGGUCGCCAGUCCUAGCGACCAACUUGGCAUGGAACCUGCGCGUUCUAAAGUACCCGUAUCGCUGCGUGAGAACGCAGCUCACCAUUCCGGGUCUGGUAACCUCUCCGGUCGUAAUACGACCGCGGCUCCCCAUGCUCCUGAGGCAGAGCUGCCUCCGUUCCGCUGAGAGAUCUCGCACCAAAGGUGAACAUAAACUCUACUUUUGUAGAGUACCUGCGAGAUGCUCGAAGCGGAUUCAAUCUUCCUGA